CGGGCCUCCGUGCGGACUCGGUGCGCGCCUUGUGCGAGUGGGUCCCUUGCCUGCCGCGGAGUGAGCAGAAAUCAACAUGUCAGAGUGGGAGUCUUACUACAAAACUGAGGGCAAGGAAGAGGAAGAAGAGGAUGAGGACGAGAUCCCUGAUGGAAUUGGAGAAUAUCAGUAUUCAGGAAGAGACAGUUUGAUUUUUUUGGUAGAUGCCUCCAGGGCCAUGUUUGAAUCUUACAGUGAAGGCGAAUUGACCCCUUUUGAUAUGAGCAUCCAGUGUAUUGUGAGUGUGUACACCAGUAAGAUCAUAAGCAGUAAUCGUGACCUCUUGGCAGUGGUGUUCUAUGGCACAGAGAAAGACAAAAAUUCAGUAAAUUUCAAAAAUAUUUACGUCUUACAAGAGUUGGAUAAUCCAGGUGCCAAACGAGUGCUAGAACUUGACCGCUUUAAGGGACAGCUGGGGAAAACCCAUUUCCAAGAGCUAAUUGGCCACGGAUCUGACUACUCGUUGAGUGAAGUGCUGUGGGUCUGUGCCAACCUCUUCAGUGACGUCCAGGUCAAGAUGAGCCAUAAGAGGAUCAUGAUGUUCACCAAUGAAGAUGACCCCCAUCGCAGUGACAGCGCCAAAGCCAGCCGGGCCAGGACCAAAGCCGGUGACCUCCGUGACACAGGUAUCUUUCUCGACUUGAUGCACCUGAAGAAACCGGGAGGCUUUGACAUAUCCCUGUUCUACAGAGAUAUCAUCAGCAUGGCGGAGGAUGAGGAUAUCGGGGUUCACUUUGAGGAGUCGAGCAAGCUGGAUGAUCUCUUGAGGAAGGUUCGUGCCAAGGAGACCAAGAAGCGUGUGCUUUCCAGGUUAAAGUUUAAGCUCAGUAAAGAUAUAGUGCUCACUGUGGGCAUUUAUAAUUUGGUCCAGAAGGCUAUGAAGCCUUUUCCGGUAAGGCUCUAUCGGGAAACAAAUGAACCACUGAAGACCAAAUCCAGAGUAUUCAAUGUAAACACAGGCAGCUUGCUCCUACCCAGUGACACCAAGAGGUCUCAGAUCUAUGGGAGUCGGCCCAUCAUCCUAGAGAAAGAGGAAACCGAAGACCUGAAGCGGUUUGAGGACCCAGGUUUGGUUCUCAUUGGCUUCAAGCCCUUGGCCGUGCUGAAGAAGCACCACUACCUGAGGCCUUCCCAGUUUGUGUACCCUGAGGAGUCCCUGGUACACGGGAGCUCCACGCUGUUCAAUGCUCUGCUCAUCAAGUGUCUGGAGCGGAAGGUCAUUGCGGUGUGUAGGUACACAGCCCACAGGAACAGUCCCCCUUGCUUUGUGGCAUUGAUGCCACAAGAAGAGGAGCUGGAUGACCAGAAAAUUCAGGUGACUCCUCCAGGCUUCCAGCUUGUCUUCCUCCCCUUCGCUGAUGAUAAGCGCAGGGUGCCCCUCACUGAGAAGGUCGUGGCCAACCCAGACCAGAUAGACAGGAUGAAGGCCAUUGUUCAGAGGCUCCGCUUCAAGUACAGAAGCGACAGCUUUGAGAACCCAGUGCUACAGCAACACUUCCGGAACCUGGAGGCUCUGGCUUUGGACUUGAUGGAGCCCGAAGCAGCAGUCGACCUGACAAUGCCCAAGGUUGAAGCAAUGAAUGAAAGACUGGGCCCCCUGGUCGAUGAGUUUAAAGAGCUUGUCUAUCCACCAGACUACAAUCCAGAGGGAAAACUGAACAAGCGGAAACGAGAUGAUGAUGCGUCUCUCAGCAAAAGGCCCAAGUUAUCUGCAGAGGAGCUGAAGGACCACAUCGUCAAGGGCACACUGCACAAACUCAAUGUGGCCACACUGAAGGAGGCAUGCAGGGCGUAUGGGCUGAAGUGCGAGCUGAAGAAACAGAAGCUGCUGGACGCCCUCACCAAGCACUUCCAGGACUGACCAGAGACCGCGCAGCCGCCUUCCACACCACAGCCUGGUGUUUUGCUCUUUAUGUGUUAUGCUCUUCUGCAGGUCCUGGGGCUUGAAGUCAUGGCCCGGGAGCUGUCUCUGAGUUUCUUUUGCUCACUGGAGUCACAGCUCCAAUUCUAGCUUUGU